CUUCUUUCCCUCAGCCGCAGCCUGCUCUCCAAACCUCACUAUGUCUUGCCGCAACUCCUGCUCUGGAAACUGCAGCUCUGGGUCUCCCAGAAAUUCCUGCCACGUUCCUCUCAACCCCGCUGUUGCCCUCUGCUCCACCAACGUAAAUGGUGGUGAUGUUCUCUACCUACCCAGUAGCUGUCAGGACAGCACCUGGUUCACCGACUACUGCCAAGGGACCUGCGAGGAAUCAACCAGCUGUCAGCCAAGCACAUGUGGCCCCAGCCAUGGUGGGUCUGCCUGCUGCUCUUCCACUGGUCACUAUGUGACCAGACCCUGCCAUGAAGGCAAUUUUCUUCCUGCUUCAUCCUUCGUCUCCAGCUCCGUCAUCCCGGUGUCCUACAGACCUGUGAGCUAUGUGUCCAGCAGCUGUCGUCCACUGAGUCCGCUGGUCAACAAUUUCCAGCCCACAGGCUGUGUGCCCAGUUGCUAUCGUCCCCUACCCUGCUUUUCCAGCUCUGGCCGACCCCUGAGUAUCCUGCCUUAUGGGUGUCAACCCUCUGCCUCUGUGGUCUACAGACCUCAAACGGUUCACGUUGUGUCCAGCGGCCUCCGGCCAGUGCAGCCUUUCUCCAGUGGCUGCCGCCCUCUGACCAAUGUGGUCAGCCCCUGCCACCCAUCCUGCUUCUCACAGGGAGGCCAGUAGCUUCUUUGUCCAGUGAAUGCUCUUGCUGAAGAUCCAGAGGAAACAUUCAAACUCUAUGGACUUUUGCUUCUUUCCUUGUAGCGACUGCUUUUUUUUCUUGUUUCCUCUAUACCUGAUCCAGUGCAAGACGUUCUUUGCACAUCUUGCUUUCCUCUGUCAGUGCUAUAAAUAUUUGGUUUACAAAGCUAUCAAUAUUGCUUGGCUGUAGGAAGA